AUGGUCAAGAUAGAGUUUGCACCCUUGAAUAUCCCGCUCAACCGACGUUUACAGACAGCUGCAGUUCUUCAAUGGGUCUUCUGCUUUCUCUUUGGAGGUAACUGGUAGGCUACUGCACACUUCCUCAUCUUCAGCAAAUCAUAACCAUAGUGGCCCAGGGUUGGGGUCAAUUCAAGUCAUUGCUUACUUAUGUGAUGCCCAUAUUUUUCUGCACAUCCAUCUGUCUAGCGCAGUGUUCUUUUUGUGUGUACGUUGUGAUCGUAUUGAAUGGAUACUGGCAAGUGGCUGCUCUGUAUGCCCUGUGGCUCUACCUGGACUGGGACACACCUCAGGCUGGGGGCCGCAGGUCUGACUGGGUACGCCACUGGACCGUGUGGAAACACUUCAGAGACUAUUUCCCCAUCCAUGUAAGUAGGCUUAUGACGUUUUCUGGUUGUGUAGCCUAUGCAUUUAAUGAUGCAUGGAGGCCAAUUAAUAUAAAGCCUCAUUAUUAUCAACCGUAAUAGGUUAUUACACCAUUCUUUGCAUAAUUUAGACUUCAGCCUGUGUGUAAAGACACUCAGAAUUCCAUUUUGAAUUCCAUGUUGGAUUAAUAAUAACACAAUUUGUAUGCAACAAUAACAUAAUUUGUAUACAAACGCCUAUUAACUGACUGAUGAAAAUAUAGUUGAGGACGUUUGUCUCAAGGCAAGCAUGAUUGCCUACCCACUCUUUAUCCACUGCCCAUUGGUGUAUUAAUAGCUCAAAUAGGUCAAAGCCAUUGUAAAGUGGUCAUUGGCCAAUACAUCAUGGUGUUUCCAUGGCUAAAGGCCCAGCCCCCAGCCCCCUGUCACAUCCACCCAUUCUGUGGUUGAGUUGCUGCCUGACUACAUUGCAGUGCCGGCCAUUUAAGAUGAGGGAGAACGAGUUUUACUUUUCAUCAGUAUGGCCUUAUUUCUAUUGCAGCAUAUUGGAUGACUGUCAUUCAUAUUCCAUUCACCCAGUUCAAUGUAACAGCGAUAGGUUUAGGCUACUACAUGAUUCUCAAAUUUUCCCUAUACCCAUCAUGAGGUUGCUGAAAGUUUAUAAUGUAGGUGCACACAGGUCGUGACAAAAAUCUGAGAUGACUGACAGUGACACAUUCAAUACCGCCUUGCACACUCUUGCCUGCGUCUAGCUGAUCUAGGGUGUAAUCAUUAGUCCAAUAGCUGCAAACGAGAGUUUCAAUUGGACAAAUUCAGGUAUGUUUAUCCCCGUUUCGUUCUGUUUAAGAAACGUUUUUCAACAGAAUCGGCGGAAUGUAUACACCCCUGAUCACACGUAAACACGGUUCACUUUCAUAGCAGCCACGUUUUAUUCCUUCUCUUAUCUAUGCGCUCUCCUCCUCUCACAUUUUCCCUUCGCUUGUGAACUUCAAUGCACAACACGUCAGCUGUAUGUGACCAGGCGAAAAAACCUUUCCAAGCAAACCAUAUCAUAACCACUACACACAGUCUACAUCAUUGUCACCAUAUUAACUAAGAUAACGUCAUAGUCAACAUAGCUAAUAUAACUAAUGAGUUAAUAAACCCACUACAAUCAUGCAGUGAAGUUACAGUGUACAGUCAGUAAGCAGUUUAGCACUUACACUGGCGGGCCACGGUGGCAAUACAUUAGUAAAACCAAAAGUUUACCUUGAGUUCCAGUGUUGUGUUCGAUAGUCAUAGCCAACCAGCUAACAUAGCAUCCUUCUGUUUGAGCAGGGUGUUUGAGUAGGUUAAACGAGCUAUCUGAAUUUGAUAGCUAAGUAAGUGAAAGUGAAAAAAAUGACAAUCUCUCUCUUGCUUCUCCUUCAUUUUGAAUAAAUUAAUUUGUUCAAAACUGUUCAACUAUUGUCUUUCUCUCUCUUUGAGUCAACUACUCACCACAUUUUAUGCACUGCAGUGCUAGCUAGCUGUAGCUUAUGCUUUCAGUACUAGAUUAAUUCUCUGAUCCUUUGAUUAAGUGGACAACAUGUCAGUUCAUACUGCAAGAGCUCUGAUAGGUUGGGGGACAUCCUCCGGAUGUUGUCAUAAUUACAGUGUAAGUCUAUGGAAGGGGGUGAGAACCAUGAGCUUCCUAGGUUUUGUAUUGAAGUCAAUGUAUCCAGAGGAGGACGAACGCUAGCUGUCCUCCGGCUACACCAUGGUGCUACCCUACAGAGUGCUGUUGAGGCUACUGUAGACCUUCAUUGCAAAACAGUGUGGUUGAAUCAAUUAUUUGGUGUCGUGAAUAUAUUUAGUAUAGUUGUAUCUAAAAAGGAUAACUUUUUAAAGUAUUUUACAAUUUUUAUUUUUAUGAAAUUCACUGAGGAGGAUGGUUCUCCCCUUCCUCCUCUGAGGAGCCUCCACUGCUACAUUGCAGAUGUAUGCCAGAUCUUACAAGGCCUGGAUAUGUAUUUAACAUAGCAGCUAACCACAUCAUAUAACAUAACCAUCUGAUGCCCGACUGCACAGUCAAUGACGUGACACACAACCAUUGGUUGACACAAUGCAACGCCUGUGCAUCUAGUCGGGCAGGAACUCAACCUGUUUCUUAUCCAUUGUCCUCUCACUGUUCAUGUCUUGUCUGUGGUCAGCUGAUUAAGACAUGUGACCUGGACCCAGAGAGGAACUACCUGAUGGGGUUCCAUCCUCACGGAGUCCUGGUCGCCGGAGCGUUUGGGAAUUUCUGUACUGAAUACACAGGUUUCCGGGCACUCUAUCCAGGAAUGACUCCUUACCUGCAUACCCUAGGCAUCUGGUUUGGCUUUCCAUUCUUCCGGGAGUACCUUAUGUCCUCAGGUGAACCUUGUUAGGGAUUUAUUUAUGAACCAGAACCAUCAGAUGCAUUCUACCACAAUGAUUCUGUUUUUUCUAAUUUAAACACUAUCAGUAGGCUUUUAAGAUUUUGUAAAUGAUGGAGUGCAUUUUGAAGGACCCGAGCAUCACAUUUAAAGGUCCAAACAUUGUGUGGCACACUGUAGUGCAGUUUUAGUUUGUCAACAAUUCUUUCUUCAUAUUGCGGAUAUUGGAAGUAUUUUCUAAUAAACUCUGUCCUGUGAAAGUUUUUUCUUGCCACACAUUUGUUCUAAAUAUACUGUGCUGCACCUACCCUAAGGGGUUGUCUCUUGUUCCAAGAAGAGUCUUACCCACGUGUUGAGCCAGAAGGGAGGGGGCAACGUGUCAAUCAUAGUGAUUGGCGGGGCGGCAGAGUCCCUGGAGGCCAGGCCUGGGAGCCUCGUCCUGGAGGCCCUCAACAGGAAGGGCUUCGUCAAGAUUGCUCUCAGGUGUGGGUGAGUGCAUCCUUCCUGCCUUAUUUCCUAUCAACCACUCAUUAUCUAUAACCGUCUUGUUUAAAAUCAAGUAUUAUAAAUGUUCAUGUUGACUGAAACCUCCUCCGUAAGGGCCAUUACUGAAUGUACUGUAGGCCAUGAAGUGAACUAUGAUUCUUAACCCCAGGCCUUUUAAUGACAGAUGUGUUGAGAUGAAAGGAAAUGCACUGUAAUAUUUACAUUUACACACCUGCUAAAAUAACAGAUGUAUGCUUCCGCUCAGAGAUUUGAAAGAAUCAAUCAUUUGACUGGGCAUUCAGUUGUUAAAAAAUAAACUAGGAUACACUUGGGUCAGGAGGAUUAUGGGUAGCCACUCCACAACAAAUCCUCCAAAAAGGAUCAGAUCACAUUCAAAUACAUCGAUUUAGCAAACAACCACAAAUGUCACAUUACGAGGUUACAGUCAAACGUGGAAUUAUGCCACUUCUUCUCUCACCCUCUCCUGUGUGCAGAGCUCAUCUGGUGCCAGUGUUCUCCUUUGGGGAGAAUGAUCUGUUUAAUCAGCUGAAGAACCCGAAGGGCUCCCUGGUCCGUACCAUCCAGGAGGGCAUGAGGAAGACCCUGGGCUUCAGUCUGCCUCUGUUCCACGCCCGGGGGGUCUUUCAGUACAGCUUGGGCUUCAUGCCCUUCAGACAACCCAUCUACACCAUCGGUGAGUGGUGGGGGAUGGGGGACAAUGUGGGUGGAAAGUGACGGGAAGAGAUGGGUGACGAGGAGGAAUAGAGACUAAAAUAUGACCCAUUUGUGUCUAGGGGGAAACAUGUUCUGAAAACAAUUUACAAACAACAUUCAAAAACAAUGUGCAGUCACAGUGCUCUGAUUGUAUGAAUUCCUCUAGUUAGCUAGUCAUCACCCAGAUGGUCAAAUAAAAGCUCACUGAGAGAACGGCCGACAUAUGAGAAACUGGUUCAUAGGUGACUGUGUUAUGGGUAACAGUAACCGUGGCAGCAGCUGUGGUCAGCCAGGACAUCAUGACCAGCUGGAAUAGAGCCAUCCACGGUGAAGGGUCACUGGGCUACAGCCAAUCAAGUCCAGUUCUUCCUCUGAGUCACUACAUUUGAACAUUCUGCUCUCCCUCUGUAUUUUUACUCUCUCUUUCUCUACUGCCUAUCUUCCCUUCCUCUCUCCAUCUCGCACAGUGGGAGAGCCCAUAGUGGUGGAGAGGAACGUGAGCCCCUCGUCAGAUGAGGUGGACAGGCUGCAUGGCUGUUACCUGGGGGCGCUGGCUAAGCUGUUUGAGCAGCACAAGGCUGAGUACGGGAUCCUAGAGCACCAGCACCUCAUCUUCACCUGACCAGACCAGCACUACACUGUAGGAUUGGACCAUUCAACCAGCUCCUGACCCAUACAGACAUUCAAACAAACAUAAUGCAAAGUGCACUACCGUUCAAAAGUUUGGG